AUCUCUGACUAUGGUAACAGAAAUAUUCAACGGUACAAAUGGAACAUUUUCCUCUUCCAGAGACUGUAUCCGUAAUGUCACUGUCACACGAGUGGUGUUCCCUGUAUUGUACACCAUUGUUUUCUUUUUAGGAGUGAUUAUUCACAGCAUAUCUAUCUGGAUUUUCCUACAUGUUUCUAGCAACUCGGUUUUUAUUGUUUUUCUGAAAAACACAAUUGCUGCAGACUUAAUAAUGACAUUAACAUUACCAUUCAAAAUUCUUACGGAUUCUGGAAUUGCACCCUGGCAUCUGAGAGUUUAUGUUUGCCGAUUCUCUGCAGUGAUAUUUUAUCAAACCUUGUACGUCAAUAUGAUCCUUCUCGGGCUUAUAGGGUUUGAUCGUUUUAUUAAAAUUGUAAAGCCACAUAGAAGGUACUGGACAGAUAAUGUCUUCUUUGCAAAAUCCCUUUCAGCAGCAGUAUGGAUAGUUAUGCUUGGAAUAUUUCUACCAAAUAUGAUAUUAACCAAUCAGAAUGCCACACCUCAAAACGUUAAAAAGUGUGCUUCUUUGAAGAGUCAACUCGGCAUCAAAUGGCACGAAGUAGUGAAUUACUUUUGUCAAAUUGUAUUUGUGACUGUUCUUAUUCUCCUGAUCCUGUUUUAUACAAUUAUUACAAAAAAGGUUUAUGCAUCUUUUACAAGGUCAAAGAGUAAAGAUUCCAAUGCUAGAAAGAAGCUAAAGGCAAAGGUUUUCAUAGUAAUUGUAGUUUUUUGUGUGUGUUUUGCUCCAUAUCACUUUGUAAGGAUUCCAUAUACAAUUAGUCAGAUAGGCAAAAUUAAAGAUUGUCAUUUGCAAAACAGACUAUUCAUUGCAAAAGAAAGUACCCUAUGGCUGGCAGCCACCAAUGUCAUAAUGGACCCACUUAUAUAUGUAUUAUUGUGCAAGCCUUUCAGAAAGCUUUUAUUUGGCUACAUCACCUCCAUAAGUUCAAGUUUGGAGUCACCAUUUCUUAAUGAAUCAACAUUGUAAGCUAUAGAUAGUUCAUACAAAAUAAAGCCUGUUUACACUUUUUGUACUACAACAUACUUGGACAAAUUAUAAUAUUAAUUCUAAUGUUUUUCUACGAGAAUGAGAUUCAUCCUGUUAACAACAAAACAGCUUUUCUAGGGGUAAUCACAGUUAUGCUUGUAAAGCUGCAGUGGAGUUUAUGAAAAGUAGCUUAUUUAUCCAGCCUACAAAGGAACUAUAGGUGACAUUAAAGCAUUCACAGGAAGCUAGUUAAACAGUUGUGAGGUGGCUAAGGAUGUGGAAUCAUCUCUACCAUUUAUACUAAAGGUGAAUAGCUUGUAUACACCACCAGCACCAGAGUGCAACUGUGUCACAUGAUACCCAUAUGUUAUAUCAAUUGAAAGUGAUGCAGCAUAUCUGUAAAAAAAGCUGACUGGAAAAUAUCACAGGGAGAUCUUGAUGUUAAAAAGGAAGAUAUUUUGCAUCAAAGUUUCUUCAGCUCAGCAGAGUAAGUGCUCUGUGAGCAGGUAUCAUUCAACUUUUCUUUUUUAUUGUCAUUUGCAUGAUGGGAAAAACAGUCAAUAAGCAUCAUCAGUGCUAAGCUCACACUUUGCUUUACUGGAGUAUUGUGGGAAUUCAAGAAAUCCUGCUAGAUUUCAUAGUAAACUAAAGAGAACAAAAAAAAAAAAAAGUGACGGUGUCUUCACAUGCCAGAUGUCUGCUUCCAUUCAAGUCCCAAAAACAAGCAUCCUGAUUGGAUGUUUUAAAGUCCCUUUACAAUAAAAUGAAGACAUUUUGAGGUAAAAUUUGCAUUUCUUACACAAAGGUGUUUAUGUGAUAUUUUCUAGUCAGCUUUUUACAUAUACAGAUUUAUAACACCAGCUUGUUAGAUAAGCUGAUUGGUAUUAAUAGUAGCUUUGCCUGACACAACAAAAAAUGCAGCUAGAGUGAGCAACUAUAACAACUAUUUUUACAGCAAUUACAGUUGGUGGUGUUUAGUGACUGACAACAUCUACUCUACGAUAUGAUGCUAAAUACAUUUAAAAAUACAGUCAUACCUUGUUUUAUUGCGCUUUACUUUAUUGCACUUUGCAGAUAUUGCUCUUUUUACAAACUGAAGGUUUGUGGCAACCCUGUGUUGAUUAAGUCUAUUGGCGCCAUUUUCCAGACACAUAUACACAUAUAAACCCAUUAAUACACAUAUAUACACACCACCAUCAAAAAGAUUAUGACUGACUGAAGGCUCAGACGAUUGUUAGUAUUUUUUAGCAAUAAAGUAUUUUUAAUUUAAGGUAUGUACAUUGUUGUUUUUUUUUUAAAUGUAAUGCUAUUGUACACUUAAUAGACUAGAGUAUAGUGUAAAUAUAACUUUUAUAUGCACUGCAAAACUAAAAAAAUUAGUGUAACUCACUUUAUUGCUAUAUUCACUUUAAUGCUGUGGUCUAGAACCGAAUGCACAAUACCUCUGAGGUACGCCUAUAUUACAAAAUAAAUGAAUUUUUGAAACUGCAAAUGUAUUCAUUAGUAGCUGGAUACUGUGCAUAAAGACCAACAUAAUAAAAAAAUCAUGAAUGUAAUUUACAA